UCACGGUGGAUUUUUCACCACGGAAAAGAGGAGGAGUCUGUUCGGUCGCGAAGGAGGAGACCAGUCGAUAGGAUUCCACGGUCGCUCGGUUACACGGUUAUUGUGGCUCAGCACUGUAGUUUUUUUUUUUUUAACACCCCCGUUGUCUUGUUGUAAACUACUGGAUUGAUACCACAUCCUCACCGCAACGUCUGUACUCAGAAAAAGUGCCCGGAAGAGUUCGCCGGACCAGAAAGAGCCUUCCCCGUACAGCGACAUCGAAACUCGCGGGAACAGCGGUCGGUGACGCGGUGAGCCGGUUGUCGAAGGAUUCUGUAGUAAAUCCAUGAACAGGAUCCUUUCUGCCUGAAGGCAGCAAUGGAAGUUGUUGUGGCAGAGGAAAAGAAGAAGAUUUUCCGUGCCAGGAAAACUAUGAAAAUUAGUGAUCGUCAGCAACUGGAGAGCCUUCACAGUACUUUGAUAACAGCGACUCCGGGUUUGUCGGAAACCUCUUCGCCGCCUCUGAUGAACGGCAUGCACAAAGAGGAUGGACCAAAGGCGGGAGACAAGGAGCAAAACAAUGUGUCUGACUCAAACUCACCCCGAACUGCAUCGCCUUCCUCUCCGACACUGAGCUCGCCUGCUCCUUUCUUGUCCCUGAACCUGUCCCCUUCCCCUGCCUCUUCUCAAAGUCCACCAGCAAAGGAUGCUCCUACUACUCCCACAUCACCAUUCCACUCUCUGAACUUUGAACUGAAAAAGAUGGAGCAGGAUGGGGACGACGGGGACGAGAAGAAAGGCUCUUCAUCCUCCUCAUCAAAGGAGUCUGUUCCAACAGCAUCAACAGAAUCCAAGGAAAAUCAGGAUAAAGACAAUGAGGUGAUCAAGGAAAAGGAGAAAGUCACUUCAACAGAUAACCCAGCUGUGGAUUUGGCGAAGGAUUCUGAUAAAGGUUUGGAUUCUAGUGUAUCUGAGCCACCUCCAUCAAAUGACUGUACAGAACCAAUGGAUACAGACAGUGACACUACAAAGGCCAAGGACUCUGAGACUUCCAAAGCCAAAAUAAAAAAUGUCCGUCUUUUAUCUUGGCCUUCCUCCAAAAACUCUACCACUUCUGAUUCCUCUCCUCCUUGUCCUUCUUCGUCUCACCCAGCUUCCUCUUCUCAAGUGGAACUGAAACAAGAGAAGGAUAUCAAAAAUGAGAAGAUAAAUGUAGAAGAGGUCAAAAAAGGGGACAAGGAGAAAGGCUCAACAAGUGAAGAAAAGAUGGAGGUGAAAGUAGAGACCAAAAAGAAAAAAACAGAAACCACAAAGCCAUCUCGGCCUUCAUCCACUCCACCCUCUAAUACAGCAGUGCAAGAGGAGAAAGGAUCCACCUCUGGACUGAAGCGCACAUUAUCAGAGGGAGACGAAAAUGAUGGACAAGCUGUAAAAAGAGAGGGGAAGAGGCCCAAGGUGGUGCGUGAGGAGCUGGAGGCACAACUGGAACUUAAAAUCACUGCAAAUGAUGCGGGUCACCAUAAACUAGAACAGAUUGUGCAGCAGUUGGUGGAUGAACGGUUGAGAGUCCUGGAAAUGACUAUUUUCGACAAACAUUUCGAAGAGCUGAAGACCAGAGUAGACAAAAUUGACUGUGCCACUAAACACCAAACUGCGAUUAACACACUCCAGGCCAAGAUUGCGCGACUGGCAAAGAAAUUUGGAGAGGCCAAUCAGGCGUCGGAGAACAAAAGGAAAAAUGAGGCGCUGGCUGCUGCCGCUGCUGCUAAUGCUGCCAACGCUGCCAAAACUAUAACGGUUUCAACCAACCCUCAAGCUCAACGGCCUCUCCGGGCGCCCAUGGAGGUAAAGCAGGCUCAAACCGUUCCUUCGUCCAGCACCACUGCCUCUUCAGUUCAACCAGUCCCCACUGCAGCUUCAGUCCAAACACCCACCUCCACUGCUAUGGUUACGCAGGCCCCCAUCCUGCAGCUGAUCACCUCCACCUCUAAUGCUGCCUCCAGCUUGGCCGCUGGCAUCACCACUCAGAGUCCCACGGGCACCCUGCUGCUGAAGACGGCCUCUGGGAGCAGCAUGAUGACCACUGGCCAGCCACUCCUCAUCCAACUGCCUUUAUCAAUGGCUAAUGGCCAGGCAGGAACUCUGGUCAACAUUCCCGUCUCCUCUUUAACUGCAGCUAGCUCCCUCACCAAGGCCAAGACCACUUCCACCGCCACUUUUAUACUCAAGCCUGCUUCAGCCAUCACCACAGCAGCAGUUUCUGCUCCAACAGUUGCAACUGUCCCAGCACUCCAGGCUGGUCAGAUGUCAUCCACUCAGAUCUCUCUCGCCCGUGCCGUAUAUCAGGGAGGGGCCGGAGGGAUAAUGACACCUAACGCAGGGGUAUCCGUGACAACAGCCAGGACAUCGUCUCAAUCUGUCUCUGUAGCAGGAGCAAUGUCUUCAGCCUCUUCACCUGCAACCUCUGGGCCGGCAGCAACGGGGUCGACGGCUCCUGGACCACCACAAGGGACAUCUCUGACGUCAAAGACAGAAGCUCUGGUGAAGAUUGAGGAGAUGAACGAGGGGGAGUCUGAUGGCGGAGAAAUGUCCGAUGUGGACUGGAGUGAAGUGGAGGAGCGUUCCGACUCGGACCCUGAACCCCCACGCCCCAAAAAAAACAAGACGUUUGUGCCAACUGCCCCAUCGGUUGGCGUGUCCCCUCCAGUCCCGGGCACAUGUGAAGAGGGUAAAGAUGGGACAAUCUGGGAAACCAUCCAGCCUGGAGGACAAUCGGGGAGGCGACAGUCCCAAAAUGUCCUCACAGAAUCCGCGGGCCCCACAGCUCAUGCUAUGCGCAAUAUUGAGGACGCUCUGAGCGCCUUAUUGUGCUUACUGGACAUGCAAAUGCUGCAGCACAUACGGGACUGCACUGUGGCUGAGGCGCGCCGUAUUGAUGCAGACAGCUCAUGGGAUCUCUCCGUUGCCGAGCUGAAGGCCUUCAUUGCCCUGCUUUACGUGAGAGGAGCGUUCAACAAGAACAUCGAGUUGGAGAGCUUUUGGUCCGAGGAAUGGGGACUGGCUUUCUUCAGGACCACGAUGCCGAGGAACCGCUUUAGGCAGAUAAUGCGCUACCUGUGCUUUGACAAAAAGGAUGACAGGCAUGCCCGUCUGUGCAGUGACAAAUUUGCCCUGAUGUCUGAGGUGUGGGGUGGAUUUGUCAGCAACAGCAUUGCCUGCUACAAACCUGGGGCGUGUAUUACUGUGGAUGAGCAGCUGUUCCCCACCAAAGCACGGUGCCGCUUUACUCAGUACAUGGCCAAUAAGUCAGACAAAUUCGGCAUAAAGUUCUGGUUAGCUGCAGAUGUUGAGACCAGAUACUUUUUGAACGGCUUCCCAUACCUGGGCAAAGAUGAAACGAGACCGGCUCAUCAACGUCUGGGAGAGAGUGUGGUGAUGAAGCUGGUGGAGCCAUACGUGGGAAAGGGAAGGAAUGUCACCACAGACAAGUUUUUCACGUCCCUCACCCUGGCCAAAAACCUGCAGCAGAAAAACACCAGCCUGGUCGGUACAGUCAACAAGGCCAGACGGGAGCUGCCGCCUUCAGUCCAGGAGCAGAGAGGGGAACUGUUUACCACGAAGGUGCUCAAGUAUAAGCGGGCCACCCUCACGGUUUACCAGGAGAAACCAAGAAAGAGUGUCGCACUCCUUAGCACCAUGCACCCAACUGUCUCCAUUGGGAGUGAUAGGAAGAGAAAGCCAGAGACUGUCACUUUCUACAAUGCCACAAAGGUCGGGGUUCAUGUGCUGGACCGGAUGGCUCGUCGGUACACCGUAAAAGGUCGAACUCGAAGGUGGCCUGUCGUUGUGUUCUAUAACCUUCUGGACAUGGCUGCGAUAAACGCUCAUGUCCUGUUCAAGGCAUGCACCUCGACCACCAUCGCCAGAAGAGCGUUCAUUCUUGAGCUGGCAAAGCAACUGAGAGAGGAACACCUAUGUGUCAAGGCCAGUCUGACGUCGGUGCCCAUGGAGCCACAGCAUCCACAAGAGCCGAAAAGGAGGCAGUGUCAGAUCAACACGGACUGCAAGAAGAAUAAGACCGGUGUCUCCUGCAAGGGGUGCAAGCGCCCUGUGUGUGGGAAGUGCACCGUAAGGGUUGAGCACUUUUGCCCCUGGUGUGUGUGUUAGGAGCCGGGGCGCUCUCAAAGGUGCCGAUCGUGCCUUUGUUCAUCUGUUUGUUUGUUCGCCACUGCAUCUGUAAUGGAUUUCUGUUGUAUAUAGUUUGUCAUGCCCAAAGAUAGCCUUGUUUUUGUUGUACAUGUACUGUUCAUUCAGUAAUUUUCGCCCAUGUGCGGGAGUGUGUUCUUCAAAUUUCCUCUAUGUCGAGGAAACAAAUCCAGUUACAGAGGAGGAGGAGGGGCAUCAAUAAAAACAGUUUCCUCUCAUUA